AUGUCUUCUCAACGGCCAAUCGUGUUUAUGGACGUCAACAUUGGUGAGACGCCUGCUGGCCGUCUGAAGAUGGAGCUUUUCAGCGACAUCGUACCCAAAACAGCGGAGAACUUUAGGCAGUUGUGUACCGGAGAGUACAGAGUAAACUCUCGGCCACAAGGGUACAAGGGAGCGACGUUUCACAGUGUUCCAAACUUCAUGUGCCAAGGCGGUGACUUCAUGAAGGGAGAUGGUACAGGGUCCUUCUCAAUCUAUGGCGACAAGUUUCCGGACGAGAACUUUCAAGAGAAGCACACCGGGCCAGGCCUGUUGUCGAUGGCCAACUCAGGGCCCAACACGAAUGGUUGUCAGGUGGGUUUUGUUGACAUCUACCUCCCGUUCCAUGCUGACCCUGCACCGAAGUUCUUCGUCACCACAGCAAAGUGCGACUUCCUUGACGGCAAACAUGUGGUGUUCGGCAAGGUGAUAGAUGGUAUGCUCACACUACGCAAGAUCGAGAACGUCCCUACGGGUCCAAACAACCGGCCCAAGCUUGCUGUAAAGAUAGUUGAAUGUGGCGAGAUGUGA